GGCAGACGUUUGUCACGUAGGGCAGUGUAAGCUAGAGUAUUCACACGGUGUAUGGUAGUUUGACUUAGCACAAUGGCAGCGAGCACAAAACUCACGCUGAAUACACGUGCCCAGAUGCCAAUGUUAGGACUGGGCACAUGGAAGAGUCAACCAGAAGACGUUGUGGACGCUGUCUGCGUUGCACUUGAGAAUGGCUACCGACACAUUGACUGUGCACCGGUCUACGGUAAUGAGAAAGCCAUUGGCGAGGCACUCUCAUUAACCAUUGGCAAGACUGUCAAGCGUGAAGACUUUUUCAUCUGUUCUAAGUUGGCAACUACAAAACAUGCUGCCAAGGAUGUGAAACCAGCUUGUCAGCAAACACUACAAGAUUUAGGAUUGGACUACUUAGACCUGUAUCUGAUACAUUGGCCUUAUUCAUUUGCUAAUUUCGGUGAUGCAGCGGUCCCGCGAUAUGAUGAUGGUUCAGUCAUGUAUGCAGAUGUACAUUUCAUGGAAACAUGGGUGGAGAUGGAAAAACUUAUGGAUGAAGGAUUAUGUAAAGCUAUUGGUGUUUCUAAUUUCAAUAGCAAACAGAUAUCUGAAAUAAUCAGAAAAGGUCGAAUAAAACCAUCAAACUUACAGGUAUGUUCUUUUUUACUAUGA